AUGUACAUGGACCAUGGUGAGUCGAUCUAUCGUAUCAUCCCGCCGAAGCCGGAGAUUGUCCCAAGGCCACCCAUGCACAAGUCGAAGCAUUCGCACGCCAAGCCUCCAAGUUGUACUACCUUCGGACCUCUUGGAACGACCUGCCCAAGGGUGGCCAAUGUGGCCGGCGACCUGCAGGACAAGCCGGUCCCCAAUCAGUCUCAUGCCACCUUUGGAAAGGCUCGUGGAGACUACGCGGAAGACCCGGGGGAUUACCUCAAGAAGUGUGCCAAGAGCGGCGGCAAGGCGCAGCGGCGCAGCAUGGUUGAGCCUUUGGUCCCCAAACAUGGCUGGAACAUGCUGGAACAUCCACCAUAA